GGUCUGCUUAUAUGGUCCUCCACACUACUGAUCAGAAUCACCCGGGCACUGUCAGAGGGCAGUGGCACCGACAACACAGCUGGCACUCUGUACUCCACCCGCAUCUCUGAAGAUAUUAACCAGUGAUUGAGGUUUAAAAAUAAAGGAUCAGAGAUACUAUAUGUCGCAUCUUCGGGCAUGUGGUCUGCUGUGAUUGGCUGCCUGGUGCCCUACCUGACCAAUAGGAAUGAGCCAUCUGUUUAAGAAUUAGUUUGAGGAGUAGGAUCUAUUCCCAGGCAGAGCCACCUGGGUCCUGCACAUCACCUGCCUGACAGCAACCUGCUGCUCCCUCUAUACCCCCUGAUACCUACCUGCAGAAUUGCCUAUAGCGGAUUUCAAUCUCUGUAUAAAAAUGAACUGGCGCUUGAUCCUAGCAGCUUGUGUAAUGGCAGUGUCUGCAGAACCCAUUAUAUAUUUCCGAGAGCAAUUUGAAGAUGGAGAUGAAUGGCAGAAACGAUGGGUUGAAUCCAAGAAUAAAUCUGAUUAUGGGAAAUGGCAGCUGACAGCUGGGAAAUUCUUCGGUGAUCCAGAGAAAGAUAAAGGAAUACAGACUACUCAAGACUGGAAGAAUUACGCACUGUCUGCGCGGUUUGAGCCAAUCAGCAAUGAGAACCAGACAUUAGUUAUACAGUUCACUGUUAAACACGAACAAGCCAUUGACUGUGGAGGAGGCUAUGUAAAGAUAUACCCUGCAGACAUCAACCAAGAGCAGAUAAAUUCAGAGUCUGUUUAUUGCAUCAUGUUUGGGCCAGAUAUAUGCGGCACAAUUCAUGAAAAAGUCCAUGUUAUCUUCAGUUAUAAGGAGAAAUAUCAUUUGAUAACCAAGAAUAUAACAUGCAAGCAUGAUGAGCUCACACACUUGUACACUCUGGUUAUCCGACCCAAUAACACAUACACAGUGAAGAUUGAUAAUGAAGUGGUGGCAAACGGGACCCUGGAGGAUGACUGGGACUUCUUAUUACCGCGUCAAAUCAUAGAUGAGAACGCCACAAAACCUGCAGACUGGGACGACAGGGUUCAAAUUGAAGACCCCGAUGCACAAAGACCAGAGGACUGGGAUGAGAGAGAAUUUAUUCCAGAUCCAGAGUCAAAGCAGCCUCGUGACUGGGACUCCAGUAUGGAUGGGGAGUGGGAACCGCCCAUGAUUCCAAAUUCAAAAUAUACGGGAAUUUGGAAACCAAAAAUUAUAGAUAAUCCAAACUAUCAAGGAGAGUGGACCCAGCCUUAUAUUGAUAACCCUGAUUAUGUACCGGAUGACACUUUAUAUAGAUAUGAUGAGCUUGGGGUUAUCGGGCUGGAUCUCUGGCAGGUGAAAUCUGGCACAAUUUUUGAUAACUUCCUAAUUACCAAUGAUGAGGAGUUGGCUGAGACAAUUGGAAAUGAAACGUGGGGAGAAACCAGGGAACCUGAGUCGAAAAUGAAAACGAUACAGGAUGAGGAAAGGGAUGCAAAGGAUGAAAAGAAGCAAAGAUGGAAAAAGUUAGAGCAAGAAUUAGCAAAGCUCGAUGAGAUGGAGAGGCAAGAGAAAGAAAGAAAGUCAAAGCUACGGAAAACAUUAAGAAAACAAUAUGGAUUAGAUCCAUCUCCAGAACAGGCUCAGCUACCUCAGCCUCCUCCACCACCUAAAGAUGAGCUGUGAACAGAACAAAUCCCCAAAUUGUCUAUAUCAAUCUAUGAGCAAAGCUAUACCAGAAUCAGGGUGUAUAUAUACAGUAUAUGACUGGCUACACUUCACAUUUUCCCUUUAGUUCAUGUCAUGAGACAUAUAUUAGGGAGUUCUGUACAUGGUGCGGUCAAGUCACUGUAGUUUUUUUUUCUUCUGCAAAAACAUCAAUAUGUUUACAAAAAUAAUGGAAAAAAUGUGAUUGAUUUGACUGUAUCACAAUAUUAAAGGGGUACUCCCCUAGAAAAAAAAAUGUAUCACCUGGUGCCAGAAAGUUAAACAGAUUUGUAAAUUACUUCUAUAUAAAAAUCUUUUCUUUUUGAAUUCCUAUUCUGUCUGACCACAGUGCUCUCUGCUGACACCUCUGUCCAUGUCAGGAACUGUCCAGAGCAGGAGAGGUUUACUAUGGGGAUUUGCUCCUAUUCUGGACAGUUCCUAAAAUGGACAGAGGUGUCAGCAGAGCAUACAGCAGCUGAUACGUACUGGAAGGAUUAAGAUUUUUAAAUAGAAGUCAUUUACAAAUCUGUUUAACUUUCUGGCACCAGUUGAUAAAAAAAUAUAUAUGUUUUUUCCUUUAAGUCCAUUGACAUUUCUCUGAUGAUUUCUAUUUCUUGCAGCUGCCAUAAAGAACACACAUCCUGCUGAUUAAUCUAUUCAGACAGUAUAGAUAGGAAAGGUCCCUGUCAUUUAUAAAAACUUUUGAUGUGUCACAGAGACAAGUCAGAUCAUUAGAACAAGAGGGAAGAAGCGUGCAUACAGCGAUCUUUAUCCUGCUUCACUAGAUGGCUCCAUAGACUUAUAAUGAAGCUGCAGGAUGGAGAAAGUCAAGCAUACUACUGUGCGCUUCUCCUUGCUCAUUCUAAUGAUCAGUGGGGGUCCCAACCACUCAAAACUUUUCAAAUGUGUCUGUGACAUGUCAAAAGUUUUUAUUAAUGACAUUUUAAAAUAGGGCUGCGCCGAAGGAAGUUUUUACCGAUAAACAGCUACAACAUAUACAGCAUUUCUGUCUAAUACAUACUUACUGUAUAAUCAGUGAAACUUCCCUCAAUAUUUAGAGCUUAAAUGGGGUACUCCAGUGGAAAACAUUUUUUUUAAUAAACUGGUACCAG